UUCAAGACCGCGAUAUUUUGUGAGAGCCGAAUUUGGAGAUUUAGGGUUUUCGAAAGCACCAAAAACGUCGUCGUAAUGGCAUUGCCAAAGGCUAAGGAGCUCGUCUCGUCCAACACGGUCGUCGUCUUCAGCAAGUCGUAUUGCCCCUACUGUGUGACAGUGAAGAAGCUCUUCACUCAAUUGGGAGCCGAUUUUAAAGCCAUUGAAUUGGACCAAGAGAGUGAUGGAAGUGAGCUACAAGCAGCACUGAAAGAGUGGACUGGACAGAAGACUGUGCCAAAUGUGUUCAUUGGUGGAAACCAUAUUGGUGGAUGUGACGCUACUCAGGCCCUGCACAAUCAAGGAAAGCUAGUCCCUCUGCUCACUGAAGCUGGAGCUGUUGGCCAAACCACUGCUUAAAAGGAGCUUGGGAAUAUGAAGUAGAAUAAAAUUUCGUUUAUGUUCUUCUGAUCUAUAAACCAUACAGUCCUCUAGUUCAGAAGCACAUGAAACUUGAAUUGUAUAUUUAAGUGUCAGAUGUGAUAAUUUCUGCAGUACUUAUCUUUACCUUCGCUGUUUGGAAUUGAUGAAUCCUUGCAUAAGGGAAUUUGUUAGCCAUGGUUCCAUGCCUCUGUUUCCAAAUGUGGUGGGAUUUCUGGUCUUUAACAGAGCCAGCAUUUUCAAAACAUAUUGG